CCCUGUCUCUGUGUCUCUGCAUAGGCAAUCAGAGCUCUUACUCACAAACCCAACUCUCCCUCUUGCACUGAUUUUGUAAUGAAUUUUCUUCCUGAAUGUAGGUCGUUUACAACAGUAAGCGCCAGUUUCCUCCAAAUCCAGCGUUGUUGUUGCUUUUUUAUUUUUAUUUUUUUGUGGUCGUUGCAUUCCUUUGGACAAGAAAAUCGCGUUGGAUUCCAAAAAACGGAGGGGAGCCUUGUUUGAAUAAUUCCUGUUGUCUGAUAUCCUGUCAGGAUUCCCUGGAAGAAUUUGGCUGAGUAAAAAAGGACCUCCGUGCCGCUGCAGCUAUCGCACUGUUAAGGCUGAUUGAUCUUGCUGGAAUCUAUUGGAAGGAAUCAUUGUGCGAAUGAAGCAGAGUGACCGCUGACCACGUUCUCUUUCUCAGCCUUCUGGGAAGUACCACCAGGAUUAAACCUGCAUUGGAGCCUGGGGAUGGGCUUUAGGGACGAAGACUCCCUUGCUUGUCCUGACGUUGGAAUCUGUCCAUGGUCAAUCAACUGAGGCACCAACCACACUCAUCCUUAGGCUUUUCAUUAGCUGAAAAUAUUACGUGUUGCCUUUCACUUCAUCUCCCUUUGUCUCCCUGGCUGUGGAAGACAGAGCCCUGCUGAUGUUGAUAUAAACAAUGUCAAGGCCAAUGGGACCCCUAUGGCUGCCUUUGAUCUUCACCCCAGUCUGUGUCAUGUUGAAUUCUAACUUCCUUUUGUGGAUAACUGCACUAGCUAUAAGAUUUACCCUCAUUGAUGGCCAAGCACAAUACCCUGUUGUUACCACGAAUUAUGGCAAAAUACGUGGCCUAAGAACACCUUUGCCCAAUGAGAUCCUGGGCCCGGUGGAGCAGUACCUGGGAGUUCCUUAUGCCUCCCCUCCAACUGGGGAGAGGCGAUUCCAGCCCCCAGAACCUCCCUCCUCAUGGACUGGGGUUCGGAAUGCCACGCAGUUUGCUGCCGUCUGCCCACAGUACCUGGAUGAGAGAUCAUUGCUCAAUGACAUGCUGCCGGUCUGGUUUACUGCCAAUUUGGAUACUGUUGUGACAUAUGUACAAGAUCAAAAUGAAGAUUGCCUGUAUUUGAAUAUCUAUGUGCCCACUGAGGAUGACAUUCAUGAUCAGAACAACAAGAAACCCGUUAUGGUCUACAUCCACGGGGGAUCUUACAUGGAGGGUACUGGCAAUAUGAUUGAUGGGAGCAUUCUAGCAAGCUAUGGAAAUGUCAUCGUUGUAACCCUCAACUACAGGCUGGGGGUUUUAGGUUUUCUAAGUACUGGAGACCAAGCUGCAAAAGGCAAUUAUGGAUUGCUUGACCAAAUCCAAGCUUUACGAUGGAUUGAAGAAAAUAUUGGAUCCUUUGGAGGAGACCCAAAAAGAGUUACUAUUUUUGGAUCCGGAGCAGGAGCAUCCUGUGUUAGUCUGUUAACACUAUCUCACUAUUCAGAAGGUUUAUUCCAAAAGGCAAUCAUACAGAGUGGAACAGCCCUGUCCAGCUGGGCAGUGAACUACCAGCCUGCCAAAUACACUCGGAUAUUGGCAGAUAAAGUGGGCUGCGACAUGCUGGAUACCACCGACUUAGUUGAAUGCCUUCGUAAUAAGAACUACAAAGAACUCAUUCAGCAGACCAUCACUCCAGCCACGUACCACAUUGCCUUUGGGCCUGUGAUUGAUGGGGAUGUGAUUCCAGAUGACCCUCAGAUUCUAAUGGAGCAGGGAGAGUUCCUUAACUAUGACAUAAUGCUAGGUGUGAACCAAGGGGAAGGCUUAAAAUUUGUGGAUGGCAUUGUGGACAACGAAGAUGGCGUUUCCCCAAAUGACUUUGACUUUUCCGUCUCCAAUUUUGUGGACAAUCUGUAUGGCUAUCCAGAAGGGAAGGAUACACUCCGGGAGACCAUUAAAUUCAUGUACACCGACUGGGCAGAUAAGGAAAACCCUGAAACACGAAGGAAGACCCUGGUAGCUCUGUUUACUGACCACCAGUGGGUUGCCCCAGCUGUUGCUACAGCUGACCUGCAUGCCCAGUAUGGCUCUCCAACAUAUUUCUAUGCAUUUUAUCACCACUGCCAAAGUGAAAUGAAACCAAGCUGGGCUGAUUCAGCGCAUGGUGAUGAAGUUCCUUAUGUGUUUGGCAUUCCCAUGAUUGGUCCCACCGAAUUGUUCAACUGCAACUUCUCCAAAAAUGACGUCAUGCUCAGUGCAGUAGUUAUGACAUACUGGACAAAUUUCGCCAAAACUGGAGAUCCAAACCAGCCUGUUCCACAGGACACAAAGUUCAUCCAUACAAAACCCAACCGUUUUGAAGAAGUGGCCUGGUCUAAGUAUAACCCUAAAGACCAGCUCUAUCUGCACAUUGGCCUGAAACCCCGAGUUCGGGAUCACUAUCGAGCAACAAAAGUUGCCUUCUGGUUGGAACUUGUACCACACUUGCACAACUUAAAUGAAAUAUUUCAAUAUGUUUCCACAACAACUAAGGUGCCACCUCCUGAUAUGACCUCAUUUCCUUAUGUCACCAGACGUUCCCCUGGAAAGUUGUGGCCAGCGACAAAACGCCCAGCAAUGACACCAGCCAACAAUCCUAAACAUUCAAAGGACACCCACAAAACAGCCCCAGAGGAUACAACUGUCCUGAUAGAAAACAAGCGAGAUUACUCCACAGAGCUGAGUGUCACCAUCGCAGUGGGGGCAUCCUUGUUAUUCCUCAAUAUUUUAGCUUUUGCUGCAUUGUAUUACAAGAAAGACAAGCGACGUCACGAGACACACAGGCGCCCCAGCCCCCAGAGGAACACAACCAAUGAUAUAGCGCACAUACAAAAUGAAGAGAUUAUGUCAUUGCAGAUGAAACAGCUAGAGCAUGACCACGAGUGUGAAUCGCUGCAGGCACACGACACUCUGAGACUAACCUGCCCACCUGACUACACCCUUACUUUGAGGAGGUCCCCAGAUGACAUUCCGCUAAUGACACCCAACACCAUAACCAUGAUUCCAAAUACAUUAACAGGAAUGCAACCUUUGCAUACUUUCAACACCUUCAGUGGAGGACAAAACAGUACUAAUUUACCCCAUGGACAUUCCACCACUAGGGUAUAGCUCUGCCAUUUCCCCCUCUUACUCCACAAGCCACUUGGAAGAAAAAGAAGUAGAGGAAAGAGCAUUCACCAUUGAACAACUUGUUAAAAAACAACAACAAAAAGUAAACACGAAGGGCAGUCCUUAUUUUCUUACUGAUCCUUCCCAUAGAAACUCUCUGAUAUUAAAGAUCAGCUUCAAACCCUGUGAAAUGUGAAACAUGUAUAUUGCUGUUAUGAUACUGCUUUAAGAUCUCAGCCGCUUUGAUUGAAAGUUGAUGCCAGAAGAAAUCACUUGAAAAGAUGUUUUGAGAGUAACAAACAGAAGCAGAAUCUUCUGGAACACAGAGCCAGUGACUGUACAGUUUUUUUUAAUAUAUGAAAUUAAAAAAAACAAAAAAAACCACACCAGUUCUUUAUGUGCCAUACCAUGAAUGGCCCUUGUUAAAACAAAGACAUCACCAUGGGCUUUUAUCCAGCAUAAGAAGCUGUAACCAUAAGGGGGAAAUAGGAUUUUAUUAUUAAAAAUAAGAGGACUAUGCAGUAAAAUACGUAUAGUUCUGUGCAAAGAGAUGACUUGCCAGCCUGAACUAUAUUUAAAGAAACUUUGUAAAAAGUGUAUAUAGCUGUGAGUUUAAAAAAAUAAGCUUUUAUUGACGUUUUCAGUUUGAAAAGAACUUUUAGAAAUUGUGCUUUCAGUUGUGACCUAUGUGUAUAUACAUUAGUCAUAUCACCUCUGUUUCCUCCAGACCAAAAGGAGGAUUUUCUUCUUAAUUACUAGUGGUGAACAAAGACAUGAGGUUUUUCUAACAUGUUUCAUUUAUAGGAGGACAUGGUGUUAUACACAGAAUACAGUUGUCUGUGUGACCUGCGUAUUUUCCCUUACAGGUUACAGACGUGCAUGUUAAAGCAUUCUUAGGAGACAGUUGUUUUUUAGAUUUUUUUCUUUUCUUUUCCUUUUAUUUUUGUGUUAGCCUUCAUUAAAUUGCAACACAGAGAUGGAUCAGAAAAUGGAAAUCACGAUUAUUGUUUUAAGCUUGUUGAAUUGAGCAAAGAAACAACAAUACAAUGAGUCCAGUUUUGUAGUUCUUGGUUAUUUUAAUACAUUAGGAAGACUUGCUUCACAAUCUAGUGCCCUGACAAACGCAAAGAAAACCUGCCUCUUGGUCAGUCUUUUAUGAGGAAAUCUAACUCUAUAUUCACCAGCAGCUGCAGAAGAGCUUUUGCUGAGGAAGCACCCAUUCAGCUUUGCCAAACAGAGGAAAAAUGAAAUUUGACAGAGGAAAGGGGGUGGUGUGGUUUGUUUGGUUUUUUAAAAGUGGAAAGGUCAUGACUGAUCAGUAUGAAAAGAGCUUUUUCACCCAGUAUCCCGUUAUUGUGAUCAAGAGUGCACCUGUCUGAAAACUCUAUUUUUGCUGGUUAAUUAUAUAGCAGUGACAAAACCAAUCAAUAUUGUUGAGAGCUAAAGAGAGGGGUCUAAAAGUGCUCUGUGUGAAUUUAUAUGAAAAUUCUGGACAGCUUCAUUGUCAGUAAAAGGUUAAAUUAUUAUUCUCCCCUGCCCUCCCUUAAUUCGGGAACUAAGGGCAAAACAGAUCCAUCACACAAGGGGCUCAGCAGUUUCAUUUAAACAGCUGAUUCAAGUGUGAAAAGCUAGGCAUGAGUUAUUAACUGAUGAAGGUUGUUUAUAUUUUGUCUUUAGAAAGUGACUGCAUCAUCAAGAGAUAGUAACCAAAGAUAUUUGAACAAAGUUGCUCUGCACUUGAACAUGACUAUCCCAGAUGUAUUUUGUAUUUUUAUUUCAGUACCAAACUGGGCACGGCACCAUCAUAUUGUCUGUCCCAUACAGAACCUAACACAAGAUGCCUUCUACCUUUGUGAUAAAACACUUUGGAAUAGCCAGCCCAUGAAAUGAUAUUGUAGACAAUGAUAUCAAAAUCUGUGGGCUCUGCACAACUCCUUGCUGUGUGUGCAUGGCAGAGAAGUGGGUUCUGAGAGAAAUGAAAAGAGAUUUAAUACAGUAAAAGUGCAUCAUAUGACCUAUCAUGUUUUAUACGUAAGAAGACAGAUAUGUUAUACAGAUUAGAAAGUGUUGAAGCAACAGUCCCAAUCUGCAUCAAGUAGCAAAUGGAAAAAUUUCUUCUUCACUGAUCCAUCCCAUAAUGUUUAUUAAAGCUGACUCUUUACCAGGCCAUUUCCACAACCUAUGUAUUGCCUCAGCUGAGAUGCAGUAGUUCAUGACUCUAAAAAAAGGCAGUGAUGCUUGGCAUCAUAACCAGUUGGGUAUAUUUGUAAUGUGAAUUACAGUAUUUGUUUAGUACUUCCAAUUGUCUUCUGCUAGCAAUAUGUACAGUAAUGUGUCAGGCUUGUGACAUUUGGGUAAAAAAGUUCCUGUAAGUGAAUGAUUUUAGCUUUUAAAAAUAAUUAUGAUCAAGUCAAUUUAAUAAUUUUAUACAUCUGAAUUGAUGUAUGAUUCAUAAAUGGACAAGAUGUAUAGAAUCUUCAUAGAAUUCUAUAAUAAUGAUAACAAAAUACACUUGGCAAAGAAAAGAAAACAAGAACUUUCCCAGGCUUAUAGUCUUGACCUUAAGAGGCACGCAGGGUUUAAUGGUUUCUCUUGUUAUUGUUUUGCAAUUUUUUGUUUUUGCCUUAAGUAAUGAUAGAAGAUAUAUAUGGCUGGACACAUAUGUAUAAACUUUUCAGCAGCAUUUUUAAUAAUAAAA